ACACUACCUCUCUCGUCUCUUCAAACACUUCAAAAAACCAAACCACAGAUUCCAAUAACAAAGAAAUUUCUUUCUUCUUUCUCCUUCUUCUUUGUUUUAUAUAGUUUUCAUAAAAUGGUGAGCCAAAACGUCGUCGUAUCAGACGUCACAACCGGAAUCAUAACGGUCUCCACCGUCUCUAACUCCUCUGUCUUUACUCCUUCCGCUCAAAAGCCACCGACUGCUCCCGGUCACAUCUCAGUCUCCAAGAAGAAACUACUCAAAAGCCUCGAGAUCAAUGGCGACCAAAGUCAAAGACUCACCUCUUGGGUUGACUCCAUGAGAGCUUCUUCUCCUACUCAUCUCAAAUCACUUCCUUCUCUUUCCUCAGAAGCAGAGCUCAAUUCUUGGCUUAAACGACAUCCAUCAGCACUUGACAUGUUUGAACGAAUCAUUGAAGCUGCAAGAGGAAAAGAAAUCGUUAUGUUUCUUGACUAUGACGGUACUCUUUCUCCAAUCGUCUCUGAUCCAGACAGAGCUUUCAUUUCCAGCAAGAUGAGAAGAACAGUGAAAAAGCUGGCAAAGUGUUUUCCAACUUCCAUAGUUACUGGUAGAUGCAUAGACAAGGUUUAUAGCUUUGUGAAGCUAGCAGAAUUAUAUUAUGCUGGAAGCCAUGGAAUGGAUAUUAAGGGACCAACAAAAGGUUUCUCUAGAUACAAUAAGGAUAAACCAUCUGUUCUUUAUCAACCAGCCGGCGAUUUUCUUCCCAUGAUUGAUGAGGUUUUUAAACAAUUAGUGGAGAAAACCAAAUCAACACCAGGAGCUAAAGUGGAGAACAACAAGUUCUGCCUUUCUGUGCACUUCCGCUGUGUCGAUGAGAAGAAAUGGAGCGAGCUGGCUUUAAAAGUUCGGUCGGUGGUAAAUAACUAUCCGACACUGAAACUGUCCCAAGGUCGGAAGGUUUUUGAAAUCCGACCUAUGAUUAAGUGGGACAAAGGCAAGGCCCUUGAGUUUUUGUUAGAGUCACUUGGAUUUGAUAACUCUAGCGAUGUAUUUCCUAUUUACAUUGGUGAUGAUCGAACCGAUGAAGAUGCUUUCAAGUUGCUUCAAGAAAGAGGGCAAGGCUUAGGUCUUCUUGUCUCCAAGUUUCCCAAAGACACCAAUGCUUCGUAUUCUUUGCAAGACCCACUUGAGGUGAUGGAUUUCUUGCGACGGUUGGUGGAGUGGAAACAAAUUCAGCAAUGAACAUGAAGGGACCAAUAGAGUUUUUUUAGUAUAAAUAAUCAUUGCCCAUAAGUGCAUAUAAAUACUUAUAUAUGAUAUGUAUAUCUCUAUCUUAGAACGGAACAUUGUACAAGAUAUAUAAGGGCAAAUUCUUAAUGUGCCUCUAUAUAUAGGUUGAUCUUGUUCACCAUGAUCUUGCUUGAAAUGCAUUUUUACCUUUUACAUAUUGUAUCCUUAUGUAAAAUUCUAAAGAAAAUGUGUAUUGUUUUGUGAUGUAAUCAUAUUUUCUCUCCUAUACGGCGCUAUUUUGUCGAGAAAUCUUGCAAAAUGUAAAAUUUCUCCUUGCAAAGCUCUUGUAAAAUGUACAUAGUUUCUUUGUUCGCAUUCAGAAAAAAAGGAAUAAAUAUUAAAAUC